AUGGUGGGAUACGUGAGAUAUAUAUUUGCAUUAAUGAUCUGCAUCGCGAACAUGAUCAUCUACGGGCUGAAAGUUAACAUAACCGUAGCUAUCGUAGGCAUGAUUAAAUAUAAAGAUGAUAGAAACGACGCGUCGGAGGAAUGUGAUUUUGAACCUAUAGCCCAAAUUAUCGAUAUAGAGGGUCCGUUCAAAUGGACUUCGACGCAACAAAGUUUUGUUAUUAGUUCUUAUUUCAUCGGUUAUUUAGUAGGCAUGUUUCCAUGCGGAUAUUUCGCAGAUCGUUUCAACACGAAGACCGUUCUGCUGAUCUGCGUAUUGGGAAACGCGAUUCUCACGAUCAUAGUGCCAUUAGUGGCGCCCGUGUUGUGGAUACUUUACCUUACGAGAUUCGUGAUGGGUGUUGUGAGCGCACCGAAUCUUCCUAUCGUUUCUAUCCUUGUUGGGAAAUGGAUCGUUUACGAGGAGAAGAGUUUAUGGUUCGGUAUUAUUUAUUCCGGCAUAUCGAUUGGCACGGUGAUCUCUAUCCUGACGUCCGGAAUGAUACUGCACGCCCUCGGAUGGAAGGAGAUCUUUUACAUACACGGUUUCCUUCCGUUAAUCUGGUGCUUUGUAUUCUACAUAUUCUUCAGCGAUAAUCCGGAAACUCAAGUGUACAUAACAAAGGAGGAGAGAGAGUACAUCACAAGCUCGUACGGGCAUCGUGGCCUUGAAUCGAUAGAUAUGAAGGUACCGUGGAAAGCCAUUUUCACGUCGGUCCCAUUUGUGGCCCUGAUUUUCACCAAUUUAUUCGGAAAUUUUGUCUGGUACUUCUUGCUCACGCAGCUACCAUUGUACAUGAACAAGAUUCUGAGAUUCGACAUUCAGUCUAACGCAGUUCUAAGUUGCUUGCCGUAUCUCUUAAGCGCAAUAGUGAAUCCGAUUUUGGGAGAAAUACUGGAUUGGGGCAGACUGAGGAAUUAUUGGGAUCAGACAAUGGCGCGAAAGAUCGUAAUGUUUUUAAGCAACAUCCCACCCUGCAUUUCCCUCCUUAUUAUCGCUUAUAUCGGUUGCUAUCGGACAGUAGUCGUCGUACUGUUGAUAUUGAGCAUGACGUUUACCGGUACAAGUUUCGUCGGAUUUCUUUGCAACCACAACGAUUUGGCGCCAAAUUAUGCAGGAAUUUUGAUGGGUAUAACGAAUACUCCAGGAACACUUCCAGCCUUUAUUUUCCCUGCUAUAGUGAGCCUAUUUACGCAUGACGGGCACACUAUGGAACGAUGGAAAUAUCCAUUUUGGCUGGCUGUUAUUGGACAGAUGAUUGGGUUCGUUGUGUUCACCGUCUUUGGAUCGGCAGAGAUUCAAGAAUGGAAUUACUAUGGGGUAGAAACGGAAGAAAAUUAG